AUGAACGAGGCACUCAUUUUUUAUUCACCUGAUUACGAAAGCGAUCAGUAUAAACUAAUCGAACUCCCACCGGAGGUCGCCAAGAUGUACGAUGACACGCGAGUUCAGGAGGCAACAGAAUUGCCAAGUCUAUGCAUAAAGGCGGCGUCGUAUGAUAAAGAACCAGUUUUGUGCACGAGAAAUAGGACCUUUGUCAUGCGUAAACAACAUUACAGCGACGCUCUUCUCUUACUGGCACCGUCUAUUGUGGAUAUUGACCAACCCCGACACACCAAUGGAGACGAUAUGGAUAUAGAUGAAAAUAACAAUAAUGACCAUCAAAUUAAGAAAAGAGACGGUUCACCGUGCUCUCGCAAGUUAGAGAUCAUUGACACAUUGGGUUAUUUGUGCGAAUUGACAUUGAGUGUGCCAAAGAUCGAACAACUUGACGAAUUACUGAGCACAACUCUGUACAGAGGACAAGAGUAUGAGAGAAAUUACAUUACGGAUAAGAUGAAAUUCUAUACAUUCGAAGAACUAGAAGAUAUUGUACAAGCUAGCACGGAGGAAUUGAAGCAUUCUCUUAAAAAAAGAAAUGCGUUAGAGAUCGAAGGGCAUUGGAGAUAUAUUGACUCGGAAUACAUGAGCGAGGUCGUUAAACCGUGUAUAAUGUUUGCCGAUGUUUAUGACAUGGAUAUUGAUCACGUGUCGCUAAUGGAAUUAUGCGAUAUCGGCAAACAAUAUGAUUUUCCUGAUUUCAUCGUUAAACAUGUUUUUACGUGUUUGUCAGAAUCGAUCGAUUUUGUGAAUGAAUCAAACUCACCGAUCUUCAAGUUAUCGAAAGAGAAGAUUGUUCAACUUUUCGGUACCCAACUCCUGAGGAAUAACGAGAAAAAUAAUGUGAAUACGACCCUUACCGAAUUUCUUGAGGAAUGGCGUAAAGAAAUUCCGAUCGAGCAUCCAGUUUCUUUCGAUUUAAUUAGUGACAACGUAAUAAUCGUAAAAAAUUCCUCAUCAAAUGGUCCUCAAGAGGAAAUUGUAAAGUAUUUCCCGGUCUCUGGAUUAUCGUCAGAUCCGAUUUUAAGAUUUGAUCAAUUGUUUCUCGCCAAGUCAGUGUGGAGAGAAGAUCACAUAAGACCGUUUUUGGUUGAUUUCUGUCUGGACUUUGACAACAAAUUCUCAUUAAAAAGAUAUAAUGAACUCAUAAUGAAGUUUACGACGAUAUUGUACGUGGAAGGGAAAAUCUACAGAGAAAAUGGCUUUAUAUUUUAUGUUUCGAGAUGGCCACAUUAA